AUGGAUGGAUGCGUCCAUAAAUUUCAGUCCAACCAGGCGUCGACGCUGGACCAGACAAUCCAGUACAUGAAGUCGCUGCAGCACCAGCUCAAGGCCAUGUCCGUCGUCGGCUCGCCGCCGGCGCUGCUGUACCCCGCCGCCGUGCACCCGCAGUCGUACAUGCAUCCACCGCCACCGCCGCCGCCGGUCACGAUGCCGAUGCAUCCAGGGAUGGUUCUUGCUGCUCCUCCUCCAGGGGCGGCGCCGCCGCCCGGCCCUCCGGCGAUGGUGCCAUUCGGAGCUAUGCUCCCUUACCCUCCCUACCCGGCGGUGCUGCUGCCGCCGCCGGCGGCGGCGACACUGUACGGACGGCCGCCGGCCCCCGCUCCCGGCGUUGCAGCUCGUCGACAUGGAUCCAGCGGCGGCGGCAGAAUUAGCAAGAGCAGUAGCAGCAGCCUGUGCAAGAAAUUGUAA